AAGCCACUAUCGAUAGCGGCCGGCCUGCCAGCGUUGCCACCCCGCCUGCUUGUUUUUGACGAGUCAUUUUAACGCAGGAAAAGCAAACGCGGACCAAAAAGCGAGAAUCACUGCUAGACGCAAGCAAUGCCGUACAACAUGGACGUUCUGAUGCCGGAGAAGGACGAGCUCUCCGACCUGAAGCCCAAGGAUGCACACAGUUCCCUGGACGAGCUGGACAUGGAGGAUCUGUACGUGCGCUACAAGAAAUUGCAAAAGACGCUGGAGUUUAUCGAGGUGCAGGAGGAGUACAUCAAGGAUGAGCAGCGCAACCUGAAGAAGGAGUACCUCCACGCCCAGGAGGAGGUGAAGCGCAUCCAGUCGGUGCCGCUGGUGAUCGGCCAGUUCCUGGAGGCCGUCGACCAGAACACGGGCAUCGUGGGCUCCACCACGGGCUCCAACUACUAUGUGCGCAUCCUGUCCACCAUCGACCGCGAGCUGCUCAAGCCCUCCGCCUCGGUGGCCCUGCACAAGCACAGCAACGCCCUGGUGGACGUGCUGCCGCCAGAGGCGGACAGCUCCAUUUCGAUGCUGCAGCCGGACGAGAAGCCCGACGUGAGCUACGCGGACAUCGGUGGCAUGGACAUGCAGAAGCAGGAGAUUCGCGAGGCCGUCGAGCUGCCGCUCACCCACUUCGAGCUGUACAAGCAGAUCGGCAUCGACCCGCCGCGCGGCGUCCUCAUGUACGGCCCGCCGGGAUGCGGCAAGACCAUGCUGGCCAAGGCGGUGGCCCACCACACGACGGCCUCGUUCAUCCGCGUGGUCGGCUCGGAGUUCGUGCAGAAGUACCUCGGCGAGGGGCCGCGCAUGGUGCGCGACGUCUUCCGCCUGGCCAAGGAAAACGCCCCGGCCAUCAUCUUCAUCGACGAGAUCGAUGCCAUUGCCACCAAGCGUUUCGAUGCCCAGACUGGCGCCGAUCGCGAGGUGCAGCGCAUCCUGCUGGAGCUGCUCAACCAGAUGGACGGCUUCGAUCAGACCACCAACGUCAAGGUGAUCAUGGCCACCAACAGGGCCGACACACUGGAUCCUGCCCUGCUGCGUCCCGGUCGGCUGGACCGAAAGAUCGAGUUCCCGCUGCCCGAUCGCCGGCAGAAGCGACUCGUCUUCUCCACCAUCACCUCGAAGAUGAACCUCAGCGAGGACGUGGACCUGGAGGAGUUCGUGGCGCGGCCGGACAAGAUCUCUGGCGCCGACAUCAACGCCAUUUGCCAGGAGGCGGGCAUGCACGCGGUGCGCGAGAACCGCUACAUCGUGCUGGCCAAGGACUUCGAGAAGGGCUACAAGAACAACAUCAAGAAGGACGAGCAGGAGCACGAGUUCUACAAAUAGACUAAGCAACACAUCUCUCCUUUUCCGCCCCUUGUCCCCCACUACACUACUCGCCUCCUUUGUACGCCUAACUCUAUAAUAUAAAUAAAAACAAAUUGUAUUCGAAACGA